AUGGCUUCUUUUAUAAAGAAACUGGUAGAAGUAAGGAAUCGUUCAAAAUCUCCCACGAAACAGCAACGACAACGACCACUUCCAACUCCAUCUGUACAUUAUCCUCAACAAGCACAUUAUCAGCAUCCACAUUCUCAACCUCCUUAUAUGCAAAAUGGAUAUAGUUGCGAACAGAUAUCUCUUAUAUAUGGAUCUCUACCUCGUCCAGGUCUAACACAUCAGUAUUCAAGAGAUUUUUCGCCGUAUGCUCCAUCCGCCAGCUUGUUACCAUUGCCACCUUCACCGUUUAUGACACCCACACCUGUUGCUCGAAACAGCUCUCGUAUGAGCGCUCAUCAUAGUAAUCAAAGUAAUGAAUCAGUUGGCAUACACUCGUGGAACACUGAGAAAUCUGAUACGCUCAUAGAGAAGACGACAAAGCCUCGCAGAUUAGAUGAUAAUAGUUCAUUUUAUUUAAAUAAGGAUUUAGGAUCACAAAUGAUUGAGCCACCAUUGUUUGAUCAAACGGAUAGCUUAUUACGAACUAGAUCAUAUUCACCGCGUAAGGAACGUCAUCGACAUCAUGAGGAUAAACCUAAUAGAUCAAAAUCACCACAUAAACGAAAAGCUGUUAGUAAUACAUUGGAUUACUUAAACAGUCAAUGCCAUUUAGAAGGAUGUUCGGUUGGGAUUGUUGUAAACACUACAAGAUUCUUAAUAUGUCGUCACCAAGUAUGCCAUGCAUCAGAGUAUUUUAAGAAUUUGAUUAAUGCCACACCUAGAAAUGAAGACCUAUAUGUUGCUGUUUCUGGUUUAAGUAAUCCAUCACCUACUACACAAUUCCGUUGGUUCGUCGAGAGUUGUAUCCCUUGUCCUGCCCUGAAAGAUAUUGAUGAUGAUACAUUAGAAACUUGUAUGAGAUUAAGCAAGCGAUUCCAAGCUGGUGGAUUGGAAGUUAGGUGUGCAAAGUAUAUUAUUGAAAAUGCAUAUGCUCGACAACCUAUUGUGGCUCUAUGUUGGCUGAAUUGGUGUUUGAAACAUAAGUUCGAACAACAAGUGAUACAAGCAUGCAUGCCCAGUGUUGCCAGAUUAUCAUUAUGUAGUCUUGAACAGCAUCGACAUAUGAUGAGCGAAAAAGUUUUUGCUGACAUUCUAGCUGCCAAAUUGAGAGGAUGUUAUGAGAAAGCUGUUCAUGUGUUUAGGACGAUUCAUCAAAUGGAUCAUUUUUCUGUUGAUUUUGAUAGAUGUCCAAGAUGUGGUCGGACAAAAGAUGGCUUACGAGUAAAAGUUAAUUCCGAUCCGUGUCGAAAACAAAUAGGUUGUGAUAGGUGCCAUACGGAAGGAUGUGAACUAGAAUUGAAAGGAGGUGAAGAUCUUCAGGCCUUUUAUCAAUGUCCUCACGGCCUCUUACCUCUGAAUGAUUCAACAGAAGAAUGUCAUUGUCAAACCAGAUCUCUCGCUAUGCAUUUAGGUGCUGCAUAUCCAGCAAGAAGGCCCGAAGAUUUCGUUAUGAAUGGUACGACGGUGAGGAAGACACGUUCACCAGACAGAAAGCUUAAACACAAAGAAAAACACAAUUAA